AUGGACAAAAUCACAGACAAGAUCGCCGCUCUGCCGGCCAACGCCAACUACUUCUCCCUCGAGUUCUUCCCCCCAAAGACGGCCAUGGGCUUCUCCAAUCUGAGAGAUCGUCUGGACCGCAUGGAGAGGGCCCUUCGCCCCUUGUUUGUCAACGUCACAUGGGGUGCCGGCGGUUCCACGGCCUUCAAGUCUCUCGAGCUCGCCGAGAUUUGCCAGCGAGAGCUGGGUCUCACCACCUGUCUUCACCUGACCUGCACCAACAUGAGCCGCCGUCUCGUCGACAAGGCCCUGGAUGAUGCCAAGGUCCUCGGCAUCCGCAACAUCCUGGCCCUGCGCGGUGAUCCGCCGAGGAAAGCCGAGUACCAGGACGCAGUCGACGAAGAGUCGGAUGACGGCGAAGAUUUUGUUUGGGCCACCGACCUCGUCAAGUACAUCAGGAAAAACCAUGGGGAUUACUUCUGCAUUGGCGUCGCCGCCUACCCCGAAGGCCACGCCGAGGAGAGCCACCCCCUGGGACAGAGCCUCGAGCACGACCUACCGUACCUUGUCGAAAAGACCCAGGCCGGUGCCGACUUUAUCAUGACGCAGCUCUUCUUCGACAUUGACGCCUACGACCACUUUGAGCAGGUCCUGAGGGAGCACCCGAGCGGCGCCUUCAAGACGAUACCUAUCAUCCCCGGUCUCAUGCCUAUCCAGAGCUACCAAAUGAUCAAGAGGACAACCAAGCUGAGUCACGCCAAGAUUCCUGAUGCGCUCAUGGCCCGGCUCGACGCCGUCAAGGGAGACGACGAAAAGGUUAAGGAGGUUGGCGUCGACAUUGUCAGUGAGCUCGUGGACCAGAUCCGCGCCGUCAAGAGCAAGCGGACGACGGGGCCUCAGGGCUUCCACUUCUACACCCUCAACCUGGAGAAGGCCGUGUCUUUCAUUCUCGAGCGUACCAAUCUCAUCCCCGACAAGGAGCAGGAGGACGAAGAGGCCGUGAUUGACGAUGCGACAACGCCGCCCGUCGUACCAACCGUCCAGAUCAACGGUUUGCACCCCGGCUCACACCACCGGCCCGGACGCAGGCAGUCGUCAAUCGGCUCCGACCCGCAUAACCGCGUCAUCGUCUCAUCGGCUUCGAAUCAUGCCUAUGAAACCAACCCUGAGGGUGCCGGCCUGCCCGCCGAGCCCAUCAACACGCGUGCCAACACGCUCGCCAUCUCCGAGGGUGAAGGCGUCCUCGGGCGCGAGGCCACGUGGGACGACUUCCCCAACGGCCGCUGGGGCGACGCGCGGUCCCCGGCUUACGGUGAGAUUGACGGCUACGGCGUCAGCCUGCACAUGUCGGUGACGCAGGCCGUGCGUCUCUGGGGCCACCCCAAGUCCUCUGUGGACAUCAGCACCCUCUUUAUCAAGCACAUUCGCGGCGAGCUCAGCGCCAUCCCCUGGAGCGAGGAGGGCCUGUCGCCCGAGACCAACAUUAUCCAGGAGCAGCUUAUCGAGCUCAACACGCGCGGCUGGUGGACCGUCGCCUCGCAGCCCGCCGUCAACGGCGUGCCGUCGCGCGACGCCACCUUUGGCUGGGGCCCGAGUCACGGCUUCGUCUUCCAAAAGGCCUUUGUUGAGCUCUUCCUGCCGGCCGCCGACUGGAAGGUGCUUUCCGAGCGGCUCACAGGUCCAGAGGUCGAGGGCACCGUGUGCUUCUACGCCUGCAACGGCAACGGCGACUUUGCCACGUCCGACGACAGCGGCGGGCUCGUGAGGACGGCGGUGCCGGCGAGCACCAACGCCGUUACGUGGGGCGUCUUCCCGGGCAAGGAGAUCAUCACGCCGACCAUUAUCGAAGAGGUCAGCUUCCGGGCCUGGAGCGAGGAGGCCUUCAAGAUCUGGGGAGAGUGGUCGCGGGUGUACGGCAGGGGGCACGAGAGCGAAAAGUUCCUCAAGACGGUCAAGGAGGAGUACUGGCUCGUCAACAUCAUCCACCAUGAUUUCGUCGAGACAAACGCGCUGUGGGAUUUGCUGAGGGGGUAG